AUGGUGUCCAAGUCAAUCGUUGUGCUGUUGGGUGUUGCUGGUGCCCUAGCGCAGCAGGUUCCUCUCGAGGCCACUCGCAACUGUCUAACUUCCACCGACCCUAAUGCCUGCUGCUCCAGUGCCGGGCAGGUUGAGGGUAAAGAGACCGCCAGCCAGGUGGUCUUCCAUUAUAAAUGUCGCUCAUACCCGUCCCCUACAGAGCCCAAAGGCAAGAGCGCCGUGAAUGCUCACGAAUGCGCCUCGCUCUGUGCAAAUGACGACACUUGUCACGCGGCGGCCUGGCAAACAAAUGGACUUGUGCUUGAGGCAAAGCAGCAUCUGGACAAAAUAUCUGAGCUUCAAUCAUCAGUCGACAACAACAAGAAAAUGCUUCAGCAGGAAUAUGACGCGAUUAUUAAAUGGGCCAAACCUUGUCGGACCAUGAACCCCCCAUUGAAACAAGAUGAUGGAUGUGCUAUGACUGUCGGUGGCAAAAAAUGGCUGUUUCUCUAUGGGAAGGCAAUUGGGACCUGGGACGGCCAACAACAGACUCCUGGGACGCAUGCGCUAACUUGUAAACAGCAAUUACUCCUCUUUGCUAUGUUACCCAAACGCAUGAUGUCCGACCUGACAAGUACUGGUGCAACUACAGCCCAAGUUGCAAAAGCUGCACAGCGCAGCGUGUUUUUGGGUACAUUCAAGGAGUGGAAAGAUCACUCGUCCUCGCUCUAUUUGCACGAAUCGGAUUCUGGUAGCUUUGAUAUCUUCAAAGAAACGGAAUUGCGGCUAUUCAGCGAAAGCCUGCAGAUGUUGGAACAUACAAUACUCAUGGCAGAGGAAAACUCAGUGUUAUUGGAUGAAUUCUCUAUCUCAAGAGCUCUUUCCGACGUGGAGUGGACCUCAAUAAUGUCCAGAGAGAAUGAGUUAUUUUCAGCAGCGAUCGACAUGAAUCGGAAGCAACACGUGCUACAGGACCGACGAUUGGCACUCAAACGCAUCGCUCGUGAAUCCGAAGCAUACGAGAUUGGGACGCAAUACCAUCGAAAUGUCAUUGGUGAGCUCUUGUCCGAGAUCAGUCGCUUGCGUAAUGGACAACCAGUCUAUACCGAGGAAGAAGACCAGCUUCCUAUUGAUGCUAUCAAUGCAAUGACCGGCGAUUACCAAUGCCUGCAACGCGAUGAAGCCUAUCAUGGGGGCGAAUCCCCGAUACCCAUCCUUUGGCGAACAUGA